ACUGACAGCCACACCAUUAGUCGGAGGAAAGCACACAUGUGAUAAAGAAGGGGAAUGACAAAGCUCACUGACGUGUUGAUACACAGCUGAUAAGGAAAACAAAAACUCACUGGUAAAAAAACCAGUUGAGUUUUAGUUGAAGUCAGAAGCAGCAUCUGGUCUCUUUUCUCACCAAGAAGAUGUUUGCAACGAUGCUGAAGAUAUUUCCAGUUCUAGUCAUCCUUACAGGCCACGUCAGCGGUGUUGUGGUGACCAUCCCUGAGAAGAUAGUGAAUGUCACUACAGGCGGAAAUGCAACCCUCCUCUGUACAUACACAAGUUCUGAGCCGCUGGGAAAUUUCUUUAUUCAAUGGAGCUUUUACAGUGCCCAGGAGAGCCAGCUGCAUACCAGUUCCCCGUGUCAUGGUAUUCUGAGUAUGGAUGAAAAGUCAGUCAGUCAUUGUCAAAAGAUGGUGUAUGUGACAGAUGCACGGGGAAGAUGUAGCUGGAGAUACAAGAUCUAUUAUUAUUCAGGAGGCCAGUCUUACUCCUACGGAGAGUUUAAGAACAGGAUAACAGCUGCAACAAAUCCAGGGAAUGCAUCAAUAACAAUCUCCAACAUGCAGCCCUCAGACACUGGUUCCUACACCUGUGAAGUUUUCAGCCCACAGGGCGAGGCUGGUCAGAGUCAAAAAUCGGUGAUUGUCAAUGUGCUGGUCAGACCGUCAACACCGUUCUGCAAAAUAGAAGGAACGCCUGAAAAAGGCCAUUUAAUCUACCUCUUAUGCAAAUGUGAUGAAGGAUUCCCUCGCCCCACCUACCACUGGUACAAAGUAGAUGAGAAUACCCUCAAGCCUGUGACUGAACAACUUAAUCCAAAUACUGGCAUUCUUUACAUUGGCAACCUCACCACCUUUGAAACCGGGUAUUACCGGUGCAUAGCCAGCAACAUCCUGGGGAACAGCACUUGUGAGCUGGACCUCACUGCAAAACAUUCAGAUGGUGGAAUCGUUGCAGGAGCGUUAAUUGGAGCAGUUCUGGCAGCUGCUGUCAUUUGUGUUAUCGUCUGGGUCUUAACCAAGAAGGCAAAGAAUAAGAAUUCAUCAAGUAAUGAGAUGCAAGAAAUGGCUCAGAAACAACCCAAUGCAGAGUAUGUUCAAGUACCCAAUGAAGAAAACAUUCCUGGGACCACCAUUCCAUCAAGCAACGCGACAAAUGAAUACCAUGGUGUUGACGAAACAGCAGCUGCUGGAACACCUGAAAAUGAUGAGAAGCAAGAAGUGGAAAAAGAAGAAAUGGCCUAGAGGUUUAAUACAGUUUUCAUUGUCAGCUUUGGACCUCCUUAUACAAAAAGCAUUGUCAUUGAAUUAACAUAGAAGCACGACUAAAACUUAAAUGGGCAUUUAUAUUGUGAACCACUGGGCUGGAGAUCAAAAAGGGUCUGUUACACAUGCACUUUGUGAAUAGCAGAACAUUUGGCCUUUAAACAAGUUUAAACAAAUUUAUUAUCUAGUUACAAUUGUACAUAAAUACAAGUAUAAAAAUACUUUCAUCCACACUUAUCCAACCUAUUUUGCAAAACUAAUUAGGAAAUGGGCUGAAGCAUCUGACAAAGAAAAAGCUUUCCAAGUCAACUCUCAGUAAUGCUGUAUAUAUCCAUGCAGUUCUGAACCACAGCAUCUUCUCCAGAAACAGUGUUGGCCAACCUCAUGUUUCCUGUGCACCAAGAACAAUCAUCACGGCCAAUACAUGGCAGUUUUUAAAGGAUCUGAUUUUGUGUGUCCCAAGUAAAAAGAAGUUUCUUCCAUGUCAUCAGAGUGCAGAAAGAGAUGUUAAGACCCUGAACAAAGAUAUCUUUUGUGUCUGAACUCCUCUUAAAGCUAAAAAAAAAAAAAAUCCUUGAAACUUUUACCCUAUUGCUGUCUGAUAUGGAAUAUGUUUUGUUAACAAUGACCUUCUUGGCUUUGAAGUCCCCAAGGCAUCAGCAUUCCAAAGUUAGGUGUUUCAGCGGCUCUGGUUUUCAGUUCAAUGGAAUUAGUAUUCAGAUACCCAGUUCAGACAUUGAUUGACUGGCUUCAAGACAACAGGAGCUGGAAAUCUAAAUCCCUCGCAAGACUUGUUACAGUAGAGUAAUAGAUUCCUCAUGACACACAGAUACAUCUGCUUUCAAACCACAGAAGUGAAUACUGCCUACCACACAACACACUAGCUCAGAUGAUGCUUCCUCUGAGAUGAUUUGAAUCUAUUUCCAGGCAACUGCCCUACCCACUAAGCAACAAACUCAUGCUACUGCUGCUCUCUUUAGCCCAGCGUAACUUUGACUGUUUUCUAUAGGUUAAAGCAUUGAGAGGAAGGGUGACUGGUGCACCCAUGCCAAGACCCAACAGCUCCAGUAAUGAGCACUCUCUUGGAAAGGAGAAAAGAGAAUCGAAUCAUAUACACUCUGAUCACUAGGCACCUCUUCUCUCUGGGUUUCAUUUCUAAGCAAACUCAGCUCUCCAAAACGGCAGAGACAUACUUUCUGAAGAGCUCAAGGACUGCAGGGCUCCAAUAAAUACAGGCACAAAACUGCAGCAGCUACCUUCUCAACUCCAUGGAGCAGAUACUCACUGACACAAGGAGGCACGGGCUUCGAUCUCAUGCGCUGCAGGAAAAUCUGUCUGGCUCAGGGAUCUGGAACUUCGUGGCACACAAGUCUUUUAUAGGAUCAUAUAGGUUCAUGCAGGAUCAUAAAUCCUUUGGUGACUGUUCCUAGCCUGUAAGCAUUAGUUAUAUGCAAGUCAACUUUAAAAUAGAUAAAAGAACACAUCUGUGCCAAAAUUUCCCGGUUCAGUUCCUACAGCUCUAAGUAGAUUUAUCAAAAAAGUGAUCACAAAAGAAACCAACCAGUCAACCAAACCCACCAAAAUAAAAUGACAAAGGAAAAAGAUGUCAACAUUCAAGCCAUGAGGUCCUAAAUAAGAUUAAAUUUGGAUCAUUAUGCAUAACUGCAUUCAUUGCCCUUUCUACACAGUUUUCCAGCUUUCAAUAUUUGUCUUCAACAUGUGUGAUCUAGAGUUUAGUCUCAUUCCAGAGCAAAACAGCAUUUAUAGUGUUCUUGUAGCAUCAUUUUAGCUAAAACCUGCUUGUGCUGGACUCAGAGGGCUAAAUCCUUACUAACACCUACACUGCCGUGUUCUACCAAGUGGAUCCUCGCACUCCUCUCUCUCCAGGGUAUCCAGGGUGAACCUUAAGCCCUGACCUGCAUGGAAGUCUUUUCUUAAUCAGGCAUCUCUUACUGAGUCUUGUGGCAAUUUUGCUAAGCAAAUUCCUCAAACUCACAUCCUUGCCAAAGUUGUUUCCUAAUGAGAUAAUGCAAAUAAAUUGGUCCAAGGGAGCCCACGACUCGGCUGAGAGUGGCACUAAUUCUAAGUAAUUUCUUUUCUGACAUUCCCAGGCUUUCUUUGACUCUUGCCCUUCAUGGGAAAAUGUAAAAAACUCUCUUCUCUACACUGCUGUAGUUGUAUUAGUUCUUCUAAAGUCAUCUACUGUAUGUAUGUCUUAGCUACAAUUUUCUUAUUGUAACAGUUUUCGAACUUCCAAAUCUCUGCAACAGCACUAUUGUGAUUGAAGAGGGGAAUAGAUUAUGUGGUUAUUAUAAUUAUUUUAAGGUUUCCUUAAUCUCACUUCCGCAAAUUUCUCUGCAUGUAUUCCUAGUAUAACUUGCUACACUAAGAUAUGAACUUACGCUGGUAUUGUAAUCGCCUUGCAUAGCCAAUACAACUUCCUAGAAAGAUCUUGCACUGUCUAGAAAAGUAGAAAUUACUCAAGUUAGGUUAAUGUUUUUACAUGAAAAGAAAGAACAAUUGAGCACAGGUUCUAGACUAAUAAUUCCUCUCAUAUUUCUAGCCACCAGUGUGUAGUAGAUAGUAUUACAAAACAAAACAAAAUGCAAAAAAAUAGAAGCAAACUACAUUGCUGGAGGUGAGGAGGAAAGUAAGGAAAAUAACAUUUAUGUGGAGAAUCUUAACAUAUUGAGAUAUUUCUGUAGGCCUCCAGGCAGAUGUUUGUUCUCAUUAUGAAGUUCCUCUCAUGUAAAACAGUUUAUUAAAAAGGAUAAGGCACUAUUCCUAGCGUUCUACUGAUGCUCUUGGCAAAGUACAAGCCAAAUUAGGGAUUGAUCCACAGUGCAUAGCUGAAAACCCUGCAGAGCUACACAGGAUGCAGAAACGUUUCAGAAUUUGCCUCAGACGCUCCGACAGUCUUUGCUGCGUGGCCCAUUUGUCUUCUGAGAGAGCAGGAAUCAUUAAUAUGGAAACCAGGUAUCAGGCUGACAGUCGAGCCACUGUCUCCUAGGGAAGUUGAUUUACAAAGCUACACAGCUGCAGCAGGUUUUUUGCCUCACAAAGAUCAAGGAUGAACACAGAACCCUAACUUCAGCUUGUCUCAACUGAAGGAUUCAGUAGCACCUGCGCAAUACACAAGACACGUGUACUCAGUCAGAUUCCUCCUUCAAGCAAGGUCUGCACGGCCAGAGCUUACUGUAUAGGCGAUGUUACUGCUCCUGCUCUCAAUAGGCACUCUCAGUGAAAUUCAAGCUGCACUUUGCUUUCUAGGAUAGACUUAAAGCACUUGCUGAGGACAUUUUUUAUAUGUUUCUGUCUUGCUUAUAAAAAUAAAUUGCAUUACCUUAAUCCCUACAAGUCAAACUGUAGAAACUGUCAUCUACCAUUUCAACCUUUCCUUGCAGCCAAAGAAUAAACAUGUUCUAUUUCCAGACUGUGUAAUGGAUGGCAGGGUUUCAUCUGACUUGUUCACAUCCCAAGCAGAGAAGCUAUUUAGAAAAUAUUGGGUUUGUUACAUGUAAGUUUAAUAAAGUUUUAUAACACCAAAGACUGCUGUUCAAGAAAGUUCUUUAUUUCAGAAAAUUUCAUCACCAUGAUUUGUGCAGAAGGGAGAACCUAUUGCACUACUACCAAAAGUGAUCUUACCGACAUCAGAACAGAAGGUCACUUUUCAGAGUCGGUCUCGUUCGCUCUUCCUUCUAAUAAUUUAAUACCAGGAUGUGCUAUGAGUAAACAAAGAUUAAACCAGGCUUCUUCUAUAAAAUAAGAAGCAAGCACCAGUGCUACAGAAUGGGAGUCAAACACAACAGAAAAAGAAAACUACAGAAAGAGCAAGAGGAAAUGAAAUUAGAUCCCAGAGAAGAACCCAGAGCCAACCAUUACAUAGGAUCAUAUUUCCAGAGGUAACCCCGAAACUGUGCCUGCAUUCUGCAAACAGUCCAGUGCACUUCAUCAAAUACAUAUAUUUAGAGAUUCAAAGAAAGAG